GGUUACCAGGGCUUGGUGGAUGGGGGAGACAACAUCAAACUGGCCCACUGGCACAGUGUGACCGACAUUAUUCAGCUGUUUUAUUGUUAUUAUUUCAUCCAUGUCUUCUCGUCUCUUCUCUUCCUAUUACUGGUUGUAACCUGGUAAGGAGCUUUGCUGCAUGCGCUUUUAGCCUAAUCAGACGCAGGCUGCACUAUUCAGAGUGCCAGGCUAAGUAAACAGUCUUCCAGCCAACCCAGGUGGCCUUGCAUAGGGGAGGAACAGUCUAAGCAUCUGAUUAAUUUUUUUCAAGAUUGGCACAAAUAAUAAUUUGGAUUCAAGGAUGAACGGAUUGGAAUUUGGUGAUCAAAGGUCACCGGGACAUUUGUUGCCAUAAUUCAGACAUUUAUUAUGACAAAUUUAAUACAAAUAUCUUAAAACAAAAGGAUAAAGUGUUGACAUUUAUUAUCCAAAUAGCCAAAGGUUCCCUUAUUUUUUACAGCCUUUAUCCAGUGCCAAAUAUGUGACCAUAUUUCACAUACGUGAACUGUGUUUUGGUUGGGUGCCCAACUUGAAACUGUAGUGGCUGUAGAUAAAAUGUGUUUGAGCCCAGUAUACUAGAUCUCCUGUGCUGCUGGGUUGAAAGUGCUGAUGAAGCAUCCAUGUUUUAGAAGUUGUCACAUCCAGAUCUGAAGCGUUGUUUGCUCUCUGAUGCAAUUUUUAUUGGCCAAACAUAAAUAUGCUGAAUAACUUUUAUUAAAUUCCUUCAAAACAUCUCACUACAUUUAUGUUAUGAGUCCCAACAGACAUGGAUGCAAACUGCAGCUUGCCUGGUUAGCAGAGUCUUUCAGUGUGAGGUAGUAAUUGUAGCUUACCACCAGAUUAUCUGCCAGAGUAUCCCGUUUGCAGGUAAGUCUAAUCUGUGUGUACCUGUGGUUCCCAACCUUCUAUUGUUGUGUGAGUCCUCCUCCCCAGGUUUAUGUUUAUGCAUUUUGAGAGGUCAAAACCAAAACAAUUGGAGAGAAAUCUAAUUAUUUCACAACUAGCUGUUUGAAUUUUGUAUCCACCAAAAAUGCGAACCAUUGCUUUAUGAAUCUCACUGAUCUACAAAAUGCCUGAUUAAAAUAUUCUGUCUGCCUUAGUUUGGUUUUUGACUAGUUUUACAUCUCUGCUGCAGGGUGGGACUGUGAUAGGCAGUGCCCGCUGCAAGGCCUUCAUGACGCGUGAGGGCAGAGUUUCCGCUGCCUUCAACCUGGUAAAGAAAGGCAUCACCAACUUGUGCGUGUGUGGCGGCGACGGCAGCCUUACCGGAGCCAACAUCUUCCGCAAUGAGUGGAGCGAUCUACUCGAUGAACUCGUAAAGAAAGGAAGGAUCACAGACACUAUGGCUAAGCAGCAUUAUAACUUGAACAUCGUGGGCCUCGUCGGCUCCAUAGACAACGACUUCUGCGGCACCGACAUGACCAUCGGUGCCGACUCUGCGCUGCACCGCAUCAUGGAGAUAAUUGACGCCAUAAUGACCACUGCACAGAGCCACCAGCGUGCAUUUGUUUUGGAAGUGAUGGGACGGCACUGCGGGUAUUUGGCUUUAGUGUCAGCUCUGGCAUCAGGGGCAGACUGGGUUUUUAUUCCAGAGGCUCCACCUCAGGAGGGCUGGGAGGACAAUAUGUGUGCCCGUCUAAAGGGGAGCCGCACAAGUGGGGGGUCGAGACUGAACAUCAUAAUCGUCGCAGAAGGAGCCAUUGACAUAAAUGGCAAGCCCAUCUCCUCAAAUUAUAUAAAAGAUCUGGUGCAGGAGAGACUGGGUUAUGACACCAGAGUGACAGUACUUGGCCACGUUCAGCGAGGAGGAAUUCCCUCAGCGUUUGACAGAAUGCUGAGCAGCAUAUUGGGUGUGGAAGCGGUCGUCGCCCUCUUGGAGGCUUCUCCUGAAACCCCCGCCUGUGUCAUCGGCCUGUCGGGCAACCAAGCAGUCCGCCUCCCUCUGGUGGAGUGUGUGGAGAUGACUAAGUUGGUGCAGACGGCCAUGAAUGAGAAGAGGUUUGAUGAAGCCAUUAAACUGCGUGGAGGGAGUUUUGAGAGCAACUGGAACAUCUACAAGAGUCUCGCUUUCCACAAGCCUCCUCAGUCUAAGAGCAACUUCUCUUUUGCUAUUCUGAACGUGGGAGCUCCGGCGGCAGGAAUGAAUUCUGCAGUGAGGUCGGCGGUGAGGUCAGGGCUCUCUCAUGGACACAAAGUCUACGGGGUCAAUGACGGCUUUCUGGGACUUGCCGAUGGAGCGGUGUUUGAGAUGGAAUGGCACAGUGUGGCUGGAUGGACGGGCCAAGGAAGCUCACUGCUGGGGACAAAACGGACUCUUCCCAACUCUCACCUGGAGAAGAUUGUGGAAACCAUCACCAAGUUCGAAAUCUCAGCUCUGCUUGUAAUAGGAGGGUUUGAGGGGUACCAAGGUGUGCUUGAGCUCUACGAGGCCCGGACUCACUACGAUGAGCUCUGCAUCCCCAUGGUCGUUAUCCCUGCUACCAUUAGCAACAACGUCCCGGGAACUUUCUUCAGUGUGGGUACAGACACUGCUGUCAAUUGUGCAAUGGAGAGUUGUGACAAGAUCAAGCAGUCUGCCAGUGGGACCAAGAGACGAGUGUUUGUGGUGGAGACCAUGGGUGGGUACUGUGGAUAUCUGGCAUCCGCUACUGGCAUAGCAGUGGGUGCUGAUGCAGCCUACAUUUUUGAAGAUCCCUUUAACAUCCUUGACCUUAAGACAAAUGUGGAGCACUUAUCUGAAAAGAUGAAGAAAGAUGUCCAACGAGGUCUAAUCCUGAGGAAUGAAAAAUGCCAUGAAAACUACACUACAGAUUUCAUCCAUAAGCUGUAUUCAUCAGAAGGGAAGGACAUCUUUGACUGCAGAGUCAACGUGUUAGGACACCUCCAGCAGGGCGGGGCACCUUCUCCCUUUGAUAGAAAUUUUGGCACGAAGCUGGGCGUGAAAGCUAUCGAGUGGCUUUCAGAGAAACUGACUGAAAACUACCGACAAGGCCGAGUGUUUGCCAACUCACCAGAAACAGCAUGUGUCAUCGGCCUUAACAGGAAGGUUGUCUCAUUCACCCCUGUCACUGAACUGAAGGAAAUAACCGAUUUUGAGCACCGGAUGCCCAAGGUAGAGUGGUGGUUAAAACUGCGGCCCAUGCUAAAGAUGUUGGCCAAGUACCAAACCAGCUUCAAUGAAUAUGUCCCAGGAGAGAUUGAACAUGUGACUCAACGCUCCAUCAGCAUUGACAGUGGAUUCUAAGCUCUCUGUAAAAUGGCAGCAUGCUUUGCACCUUUUAGCUUUUAUCCAUCAUUUUUAAUUCUCAUCAUCACAUAUCGUAUGUAACCUUUCUUCACAAGCUUGGGCUUUCAAUUUGACUGCCUGACUUCUUGUUUUCACGUAAAGAUAUUUCAAUGCUUUCCAUCAAAAUGCAGAACUCCCUUGCUCUGCCCUCUGAUAUAUCGGUUAACCUGAUGGAUUCAGAGGUUUUGUGUGCUCCUUCAUGCACUAAAGUUGCUUUUAUUUGCUCAGAGAAGUUCUGGUCAUGAUCCAAUUUGUGCCCAGACUUUUUUGUUUAUGCUUAGGGGGCAUACUGUAUGGGCACAAUAGGUGGCGGGACCUUUACUCCAUGCCCAUCUCUUAAACUUGAAUGACCAUGAAUAUACUUUCUAAAUGCCAGCACUGAUCUCACCUGUGUACCAGUAUUUAUUUGACAAGGAAUUCAGCACAAGUGUUUUCUUAUUGUGCCAAAAUCCAAGGGAGGCUUUGUAUAUUUAAACCACUGCUCAACAGACAGUCAUGAGUGCCACUGAACAAAACAUUUUAUAGAGUAACUACUGACUGCCAUGAAACAAGACUGUAUGCAAGGUGUUAUAAAUGCUUUCUCUCCAAAAUCAUGAGUGAAUGAGCCAGAAAUCAUAUGAUAAAGGAAUCUUUUUAACAGUUUUAUUACAGAGUUUUAUUAAUAUUUUAUUAGCUAUAAAUAAGAGCUACUAAAUGUUUAUUGAGAUACUCUUAUAUAAUCUUAUUUAACACAUGAAAUGUCUGAAUGUGACCUGAAAUGGCCAGUUAAGUGUCUUCGUUUGUUUUGUUUUUUUUAAUACUGUUCGACUGAAAACUGCUUCUGCCUUUUAAACCGAACAGCAAACAACAAAAUAUGAACACACACCUGUAAACAAACUAAACUUCACAAAAAACUAUUUCACAUGAACAAUGAAAUCUGUAAAGGAAUAUGAACUUACGUGUGUAUUAUUGUCUCUAUAUCUGUCUUAAAUAAAAUUCUAUUGAACUCUAUUAGAAAUCA